GGCUGCGCGGGGCGGCGAGCCAGACCACAACAAACGUUCAGCCGGGCGGGAGGCAGCGGCGACCAACUCCUCCAGACACUCGCUAUAUACAACAUUCCAGGGCGUGAAACAACCCUUAACCAUGGCCAAGCACCACCCUGACUUGAUCUUCUGCCGCAAACAGCCGGGCGUGGCCAUCGGGCGGCUGUGCGAGAAGUGUGACGGGAAGUGUGUGAUCUGUGACUCCUACGUGAGGCCGUGCACGCUGGUCAGGAUCUGCGACGAGUGCAACUACGGCUCCUACCAGGGACGCUGCGUCAUCUGCGGAGGCCCAGGCGUGUCAGAUGCCUACUACUGCAAGGAAUGCACGGUGCUCGAGAAGGACAGAGACGGCUGCCCAAAGAUUGUCAACCUUGGCUCCUCCAAGACAGACUUGUUCUAUGAACGGAAGAAAUACGGCUUCAAGAAGAGAUGAGGCGGGUUUGGGGUGGGUGUGGGAUGUGAUGGGGCAUUUUUUUUGUAUCUGAAGACCUUUUUUAUUCAAUCUUUGCUGAUGCAUGUUAUGAUUAAUUCUU